UGAUUCGUGGCAGUGUUUGUGCCGGUAUAGCCUCGUGAGUAAACUCGUGGAUCGUUCGUUCACGUUCUCUCUUAUUAUUAUUGUUUCUCCUUCAAAAAAAGGAAAGAGAAGAAAAAAAAAAAAAGAAAAAGAGAAUACACAAUCACGUCACAGUCACGCCACGCUACGAGAGAGAAUCGAUCGAGGAAUCCGUGGAUUGAGAGCAGUCGAGCCACGAAAAACAGAAGCUGUGUUUCCAACGCGUAUUGAAACGUAAACGAGAAGAAUUUCCCCUUCAGAAUCGAAGAGCCGAGCGAAACGAUGAGCAAGCAAUUCACGAGGAGCGAAGUUGCCAAACUCAGCAACAAGGACAAGACAUUGAUAAUUCUACAUGACAAAGUGUACGAUGUCACGAGUUUCCUGAACGAGCAUCCAGGCGGUGAAGAGGUACUGUUGGACCAUUCGGGCAUCGAUGGCUCCGAGGACUUCGACGACGUAGGCCACUCCACAGACGCUUUUGACCUAAUGACGAAGUAUCAAGUCGGCGAAUUGGUCGAGUCGGAAAAGACGGGCAACCUGCCUAAGAAGACCUGGGCUAAGGAUCAUUUCAAAUCUAACAAAACGAAUCAAGGGGAGAACCAGGGAAUGCCCACAACCAUGGUCGUCUCCAUUCUCGCGGUCCUGGCGGCGAUCGUAUACUUCGUGUACUUAUAAUUAAGUCAGAUCGGUUCGUUUUAUCGUUGUGAGACAGUGUGAGAAGAUUAAAUCGAUGAUUAAAGCGAUUAAAGUGUGAAUGAAAAUAAUCGUGACUUUUCUCAAUUUUUCUUUCAAUUCUCUUCUCGAAAUAAUAUUACAAAAUUUUGUUUAAGAAUUAAGGAGUUAACGAAGCGAAUGAAAUUCUGUCGAUGUCUCUAAUUGUUAGCUAGUCGUUGGUUAUAAUAACCGAUUAUAAUCGAUGCAUGUGACGAAGAAUUACGAUCACUCGACUAGAUUCUGCGCGAUUCCGAAUUUUUACUUGUAAAAUAGAAUAGAAAGAAAUACGUGGUAGUUGUCUAAUCAACGGAAACACGCAUUUUCCAAAGUUUUUUUUAAAUUAAUUUUCUGUUCCUACACAUGUUAAGCGAAUAAAUCUUGUUUUUUUUUCUA